UGUAAAAUUAUUUUUUAUUAAGAAAUUAUAAUAUUAAUUAUUAUUAUUAUUUUAUGAGUUCGCGUUUUCGAUUUCAUUCUAGUUUCCUGGAAGGAGGAUUUAGUGAUCGCACAGAACUGGUGGCGCCGCGGACAUUCAUUCUUUGACAUCGGUCAAAGAACUAGGCUGAAAGUAAGUCUGUCUCCAUUAAGGGCACUCGUGGACAGCUCAAAACUGAUCAUACUGAUUCAAAAAUGUCGUCUCUAUCUUCAUCCUGUAAAACCGCCCACCCCUCGCCUUCAGUCAGAGAGCACCCUGGUGACUCGGUUGAGCUGAUUCUGACACCGAGUGGGUCCGUGACGCAGGAUCAGGGGCAGAUGUUGAGCUCAGACCUUGGUCUGAUCGACAUGACGGAGGCUGAGUUUUCGGACCUUCAGCACUUCAUCCGCUGGCGCGCAGAGGCUCAGGCGGGGCCUGUGGAAGGCCCGGACACCCGGCCCCGCUCAGCCGGAGUGGUGGUCAAAGGUGCUGCUAACUCUACGGUGGUUUCUCCCCUCAAAUCCACUCAAGCCAUCGACCUGUCAGUUUCAAGCGACGACCACUGCCUGCUGACGUCGGUGGAAAAGACUCCGUCCCACGGAGAGGUCCCAGGAUCCGUGCUGGCCAGGAUCAAUAGGGAGGAUAGCCCGGCGACGCCUCUUGGCAAGUUCAGGAGAAUUUCACCGAAGGAAUCCUUGUCCAGUGCCAGAGUUUGUCUCGAGAAGAGAUUUAACAGCAUGUGUCCCGAUACCACGGGACAGCCAGACAUUCACCCGACUCUCCUCAGCAGUCUGCUGACAGCAUUCCAGCAGUCGGCAGUGGCUGAAGAGACGGCCAUCAAUCCUCAGAGGUCAAAGUGGGCGACAGCUGAUGGGGAAAAUCCUCCGGUUGGUUCCAGCAGAGACAUUAAUCCAGUGUGUGGUCAGAGUUUUGCUCAGACGACUGAGACGAACAAACACCCGGGUUUAGUCAUCUCCAAGAGCUUUUCAUUUCAUUUCUACCCUGAUCACACUUUUCCAAAAAGUGUUCAUACCAGCAACAACCUAGAGGAAGAGCAGAUAAUUGUCAACAAGGAUGUGGAGACACCUGCUGUCCACAGAAAUAACUGCGGCCCCGAGGCCAACAGAGCGUCUGUUCAGGCUCUUCCAGACUCGGUCAAAGAGGCUCAGCGCGGAGGCCGGAAAAGAGCUCGAUCUCUUCUGUCUAACAAUCAGCGCAGAGAAAGACACAACAUUACUGAGAGGGAGCGCAGGAAGAGGAUUCGCCUGUGCUGUGAUGAGCUGAACACCAUGGUGCCGUUCUGUGACCCCUGCACUGACAAAGUUACCACUCUGACGUGGACCACAACCUUCCUGAGGUACAUCACCAAGAAGUAUGGAGACACGUUCAAAGAGGAGUUUGGGAAGCUCUUUGCUCAUAAAACAGAAACGUGUCUGAAGAGCGGCUCCUCUUCAGGCCAGCACCCAAUCCAGCCGGAGGUGAAUGAGGCACUCGACCCCUCCCUCGCCGCUGAACAAUAACCGUUUUGUUUUUAAUCCCCCAAAAAGUUUACAUUUCAUUGAUUUGUCUGUGUUUGUGUUUUCACGCUUGAAAGUCUGAACCUGUUCACUUUCCAAACUCCGUGUUAAAACCUUUUUUUUUUUUGGCGCCAUUAAAAAAACAUUCGUUCAAAGAAACUUUUAGAACAGAUGAAAUGGUUUUGUUGGAGCAAAAACGCUGUUUGACGUUGAUCUCUUUAUUCUCGACCAAAGUCUUUACCAAAGUAGAUUAGUUUUGCAUCCUUUUUUUUCAAUCCUUUUUACUAAAAUAUUGAAACUUUUGAAUUGAAAUAAGUUCUGUUAAAUUUCUGCUGCAGUUCCUCUUUAUCUGACGUGUGCCGUUUUCUUUAGACGGGUAGAAAAGAGGAAUAUUUGACUGAAAAGUGGCUUUAUUUGGUCUUUCUUACAACAACGUCGCUGUAGCAUCUUACUGUACAUACAAGUCACCCACAAACAAUAAAUAGUAUUAAAGUAAAUGUAUAUUUAAUAGUUACAGCACCGGAGGGAUAUAGUGGACGUGGUCAUUGCAGAUAGGAGAAAAAGGAACUUAUAAAACUUAAAACCCCCUAAGCCUCUUAAAUGAUGUUUAUUUCGCAUUUCUAAUUUAUGCAUCGGCAGUUUUUAUCCUGGUUUUGAUUCUUAAUCUUUACAUGUGAUUAAAAACAUAUUGGCAGAAAAACAAGUUACUUAAAAAACGUAUCAAAAUAUUUAUGUUUACAUUGUCUGAACAAGUUCUGGGCCCCUUUUAUUACUGUUUCAGUACACACAGCUUUUUACCUCCUGCAUAUCCUUCCAUAUUUUACACUAUUAAGCUUGUUAGUUGAGGUAAGACCUGGGAUUUACACAAUGCACCAUGAUGAGAUCACAUCGACAUCAGACAGUCACAAAUGUUUGCAGCGAGGUUACAGAUGUCGAUGGGGCGCUGGCUACGACAUGUACAAAGUUUUUAUACACAAAGGGAUUGUUCCAGUUUGUAAAUUGUGUGAUGAUGUUUGGAUUGUUGUUCUCGUCCUCUCUUCCAUGUCUCUGCCUGCUUUCUUUCUGGGUGUCACGCGGGGUCUUUGCUUCCAUCACACUCGCUUUGGUGAUCCUCCGUUCUUCUCCAAAUAUCUGAUGUUACUUCCCCCUUCUUGUGACGCUUGUAUUUUUUUAAUAAAGAGAUGUUUUUAAGAACCAG